AGCUACUUCCGCUUCGCUCUCCAAACAAGAGUGUCGACCAACACGAGCACUAUCUCCUUCACAGACUACGCUUUAACCUUCAACUCUAUUUUAAGUUUUUUUUUUUUACAUAUAUCGCUUUCUUUCGCGUCGUGAUCGGAAAUAUGACUCUGAGUUUGGGGAAUAGACCGAUGGCUGCGUUGGGUGUCCUCGCGGAGGAAGCGGACGCCGCGCUGAAGCCGCUGAGGCCCGGGACCAACGGCCUGAAAGGCCUGCAGCUGGACGGACGGUUCGUGUCCGCGGGAGACGGCUCUCUACCGGCCACCCCGGACCCGCAGGAGCUCGGUUCCGACACGCGGCAGCUUCUGUUGGAUUUCUAUCGCACGCACACCGGAAUGAGUCUCCCGGACCGGAAGCGUCAUCACGCGUUACCGACAAUGAAACGCGUCGUCGCGGACGUCGUCAUAAAGCACCAGAUCACUUACAGAGGGAUGCUGCAGCAUCUGCAGCUGGACUCUCAGCCGGACGACUUGAGCUUCAUCGGCUGUAUAGCAAAGACGAUGUUCAGAGACGACACCACCAACUGGGGCCGGAUCGUGAGUCUGGUGGCCUUCGGGGCCGUGGUGUGCUCGCGUCUGAAGGAGCUGCAGAGAGAGCGGUGCGUGGAGACUGUGGCCCAGCAGAUCUCCUCCUAUCUGAUCUCAGAACAGCACGACUGGCUGCUCAACAACAAGGGCUGGCAUGGGUUCGUGGAGUUCUUCCGCGUGGAGGACGUGGAGUCUGUGGUUCGCAGCGCUCUGAUGGCGGUUGUGGGAUGUGCUGGGAUCGGCGCCGGUCUCGCUCUCCUGAUCCGAUGAAACUCCAUCGCUCUCGUGUCCGCCGCAGAUGAAGCGCGCAUUAGCGUGUGGUUAGGAGUCGAACUCCUGCUGCGCUCCGCUGGACUCGGCUUUGAGCUCAACGUGCGCUCACCAUCCCAGCAUGCACUGCACCAAAGAUUGGGCUCGACGUGAGCCAGCGACGAGCAGGAAUAUUUUUUCUGAGCUAUUUUUCUAAUAAAAAGUGUUCAGAAAUGCA